AAAAAUUUUAAAAAUUUAAAUUAAAAUUUCUUUCAAAAACAACAAAAAGCACAAUUAUGGGCAAAAAGUUCUGUUACUUGGAAGGGAAGGCAACACCUCCUACGACAACAUCACGAAUCGGUGGUAAGGAUCAUCGGGGUAGGGGGGACAAGGAUCAGGUCUCCGGGGAGGAGGACGACGAGGACGAUGGCCGUGACAGGCAGACGAUGUUUCCACAACAAUCGACAACUGUGAAGCGAGUGAUGAGCCAGCUGGCCCAUGGGUAUCUGAAGUUGGUCCAUCGCAUCGAGGACAAGGAACCGGAUCGAGCGGUGGGUGGUACAGUCUGGGAGGGGAGACAGCCACCACAGUCACCCCAGUCAGCCCAGUCACCCCAGCCACCCACCGAAGACGAGAUAUCAACCUCAUCCGAGGAAUAUCCUCCCAGAGGAUCUGUGGGUUUCGUGGAUCUGUUUCGGCGGAGCUUACAUUUCGAGAAGAUGGGCCUGCCGGUCACGGCCCUGGAGCUCUACUCCAUGGACUAUCUGGAGCGCAGGAAGGGUGAGACCAGAAUGCAGGGCGGUUUCCUGAACGAUCAACAUAGUUUGGAGAAUCACGACACUAUAGCCUUGAGAAGAAAAUCAAGCUACAAAGUGACAGCUGGGGGUUCGACGAGACUGGAGAGUUCAUUUCAUAGCCGUCGACUGAACUGGAAAGGUCAGACGCCUCCGAAAGAAAAACAAUUUUUAAAAAUCCAAAAUCUAGAAACGGAAAAUAAACGGGACAGUUUAUUGAAACACAAGUUGGAAAAUCAAGGAUCUAUUUUCGAUAAUAAGGAGGUGGAGAUGGCGGACCAGAAACGAGGACCUUACAGAAACAACAACAGAAAGGAUGGGAUGCGGCAGCGUAGCUACUCCAGAUCAUCAAGUCCGGAGCCUGUGCUGAGCUGGAAUUACGCAAAGACGAACAUCCAUGAAGAGGACAAAAAGGAGGAGGUUGUGGCGCCCAGAUAUCAGUCACGUAGAUCCACAGUGCCGGUGCUAAAGGCACUGGUGCAGCCCCGAUCCAUCAGCUAUUCGGAGGAGGCACUGGCGGAGCGCUGGGAGCGCGAAUCGGCAUCGAGCUGCAGCUGUGAGGAGGAGCCAAAGAGUAAGCGCUCCUUCGUGACGGUCAUGCAGAAGACCACACCACGACGUUCCUGCCUGAAGAAGCCGAAACUGGAUCAUAACGCGGGCAGCCGAUCGUCCUCCCCUGGCAGGAGCUUGGCCGGCUAUGAGGCUGACAGUGAACUCCAAACUUCCCGUCACUCCAGUGAGGGCCAAUACCAGGACCUAGAGUCAGACACUCUCACGGCGGUGUGGAAGAUGCCAAUCUACUACUGCAAGAAGCCGCCCAGCCACGGACUCUAUCGGCUGGGAUCCGCACUUAAGUACCAGCCGAUCGAUCGGCUGGAUGCCGGCUGCCUGACGACUCCGCUCUUCGAGGAGGACGACGACCUCGACCGGGCCAAGUACUUUGCUGGUGAGUUUGCCAAGCUGACGCUGGACGAGCAGCGCCAGGACCUGGCGUUCCGGCUGGGACAGGUGCGCCUGCUGCAGGACAUGUCCGACGAGGAGUACCGCCAGCGCAUCGUGGCCCAGGGCUUUGUGGUGAGGCCGAUCGUAAGGCUGGGCGAGAAGCACCCCUGCCCCUUCGGGCGGCGUCGUUGCCCGAUGGUGCGUAAUGAGCACCUGCUGAUCCACUACCUGGAGUACCACGGCGAUACGAGCGUCCAGGUGACGGAGACCUUCGAGGAGAACCGGCUGCUGGUCGUCUUCGAACCCAAGAACUUGGAUUUGGGCCGCAACACCUGCAUAUCCGUACUGGUCUAUGGCGGGGUCAGAGGUCGCCACUGCACAUUGCCCAUUCGCCGGUUCAUGCCCACCCCGAACAAGGAUCUGCCCGAAUCCUUUGCGAACUUGGAAGGAUGCUUGCCAUUGUUUGUGAUGAUCUGCCGGAAUCGACCGGAAUCGAGACGCAGGGUUCGCUUUAGGGACAUUGCCGGAGGUUGCCACGGUGACACCGAUUCCGACUACCCGGUCACCCCCGACGACGAGUCGGACGUCCUGACCUUGUGGAUGAUGAGCAUGGACCUGCCCCAGCCCAUUCAUUGCAUGAUAACCGUUUUCAAUCGCCGGCUGGACGCCAGCGUCAGUUCGAUACUGAAGGUAAGGGGUCUUCGGAAGUCCCACCAGUGCCGGGCCGUCAUGCAGUCCCGCCACUAUCAUAUGCGACUGGGCGGCAAGGACCUCAAGAUACUGACAAACAACAACACCGAAUCGCUCUACCUGGAGGUGACCAUCAAGGAGUAUGCCGGCCUCUUUCCCCUCCAGGGUCACACUUGCAGGGCCCAUUCCCAUCACCGGAAUUGAUCCUAUAUAUCUCUCUCUAUAUAGUAUGUGGCACUUGUAGUCUUUCCACGCCUUUGUAGCUUCAAAAUUAAUAGGUUUCACUUUUAGGAGAACUGUACUCAAGCUGUAUACUCUUUCGGCCUAAAAGGUUUUAAAUAAUAAUACCAUUAAAUAAUA